AUGUCUGCAUACAGUGAGGAGGAUUUUGAGUCACUGCCACCAGCAGUGCGACGAAAGUUCUUCUCGAAUGUCGAGCGUUUGCGCAUUCGGUUAGGGCAGAGCGAUCACGGUUCUCCUGCAUUCUCCACGAACUACAAUGGCCGGGCUCGACCCAACGUUCGCCUUGGCUACACUCGCAGGCAAGGUUCAUUGAGGAGACGCGGUCUUGAGAAACGUUCUCCGUCUCCUAAGAAACUACGCAAGCCAGGAUCUCUUCAAUUAGCUUACUUGGCCGCCCAGGCGGACUCGCAAUGCUUCCAUGCCCUCCCCGCUAAGAUCCAACAAAGGCUUUUCUCUCCCGAAGAACAACGGCGUCUCCGGAAGGCCUAUCGGCAAAGUCUCAUUUACGACGCUGCCGACGUUGCUUACCGUCGAGACCUUGGUCGUCCCUGUACUACCACCGACAGUCCAUCCACUGAAAGUCACCCCUCCGAGAGUAUCUCCAUUGCCCAGACAUCAACAGCUUUCUGGGAUUCAGACUCCGAGUCAGACGACGAGGCAGACCCCAACAUGGAUCCAACAUUCUACGACAAUUUCCGGUGGCUCGACGAAGAUGGCGAUCUCGACCUGUCUCUAGAUGAGUACCAUGCUCAUGUUGCAGACGCCGCUACACGCAAGAAAUCCCAUCGUCCCUCUUUCCGCCGCUCCUUGUCCUUCAGCACUCAAUUACGCCGCAAACAAUUAGAACCUAUCGUCCCCAUCUCUGCUCGUGGACUGCCUCCAGUCAGCCAAUCUCAACCCUUGACUCCUCUUUCCAAUCGUUCAGAAUCCCGUCCAGGCUCCCGGCACCGACCUUUCCAACAUGAACCCAAAUCCUCUACAUCGAGCAUCGAUCCAUCUGCACAAUAUUACCAAGACCCUGAUGCCCGCCUCAAAUUGCGCGUUUAUCUUGCUUCACCACAAAAGUUCGACGAAGCCAUUGAGUUUGGUUUCCCGUCAUUAGAACAAAACAAUAAAAAGAAUGUGGCACCGGAGAACUCUCCCAGACCAACUCUAGUCAACCAGGACUUUGGCACAUUCUUCGAAGAUGACGAUGGCACGAUGGUCGGGAGCCCUGGAGGAUCAGUCCAUGAGGCAUUACCUUCCCCUACUUCUAUUCCAUCACCACGGGAUGUACCUCGCCCUUCUGUGGAAUCAUUUAUCAUUCAACGACGCCAAUCAGGGCUACCCGGUGCCAAGGGAGUUCCACAGCGGCUUCCAGGGAACCGCGAGAUGACAUUGAAAAUGACACUCACUCGGCCUGAUCUACGGACCGACUCUCCUACUCCAUCUCAAUCUUCCAAGGAAGAUCCCUUGCGACUGGCCGAGCUUCCCCCUGCGGAUCGCCCCCAGUCGAUCUGGGAUUCAGACGUGGAUGAACAAGGCAUGAUGAAAAAGAUGUGGCGUAAACUUCGACGUCGUGUUUAA